GAGUCAGUGACCACAAUGAGCGGGGUACUGCAGGUGUCUCCCACAGCCUCAACACUCCCACGUGACGCAGGCGGAUAUAAGGCAGCAACUCUCCCUACCGCCCUCAGACGCCCGUCGCUGUGGUCGCCUUCUCACCAUCGUUAUAGAAAGAGUUGGUCAGUGGUCGCUGGAGUGAUGUACAAGUUGGCGGUAGUGUUGGCGGUGUUGGCGGGGGCGUGGGCAGAGUGCCCCUCAGGCGGGGCCAUCAGUCCCUGCACGUGCAAGGAGGUGAUGCCCGGCCGCACCAUGGAGUGUAGCGCCAUCACCAGCUCCAGCCAGCUGCAGAAAGUCUUCUCGACCGAUAUGCCCAGUCCGGACUUCCAGUUCUUCCAGAUUGUAAAGUUAAGCGGACGGUGCAGCCUGGAGAAGAUCCCGGCCAAUGUCUUCGGUACCACCACCUUCCUGUACGUUACCUUCGGCCAGACUGAUGUGGUCACUGUCGACCCUAAAGCGUGGGAAGGUAAUGAGGACACUAUGUUGGAGCUGACAUUCGCCGACGCCAACAAGAUGACGUCAUACCCCUUCGAGUCCCUGGGCGACAUGCAUGCCCUCUACAAGUUCUUCCUCUCCAACACCCAGAUCGACACUAUCACCCACUUUGGCCCUGCCCCCAACCUCACGAUGGUGAGCGUCACAGGUAGCCAGGUCACCACCAUCGAGUCCGGCGCAUUCGAGGAUCUGGGUCGCCUCACCCGCCUCGACCUCCACGACAACCCCCUCACCUCCAUCGAGGACGGCUGGUUCUCCUCCUCCACCUCUGAGUCUUGGGACAUAUACCUGGACGGGUGUGACAUCAGCGAGAUCAGCCCAGGGGCGUUCUCCGGCACCCUCCCGUCCGGCGUCUUCCUCCAGAACAACAAAUUCACCAGCAUCCCUGAGGCGACCUUCCGCCCACUGGUGGAGAACAUGGAGAAGCGGGCUGAGGCCGGAGAGCUGUCCCACUACGUCGACUUGGAAGGCAACCCUCUGGUGUGUGACUGUGACAUCAAGUGGAUCGCCACCUCGGAGACCCUCCUGCCCUUCGUCAGGAACGCCGUCUGCACCAACGGCGACGUAGAUGGCACCAACAUCGCUGACCUCCCAGCAGACUUCUUCGCCAGCUGCUAGGUCAAGAUGGCGCCAGUAUCACAGCUGACUUCCCUCAGCUUGAUCAACAUGACCUCACACUUCAGUGAAGGGCAUUUACGUUCGGCCCAUCUCCACCUAACUCACUGAUCACUGGCUGGGAGCGCUGCACUGUGUUAUACAUGAAGCCACCUCAGUACUCUUCACUUAUAACUCAUUUUUUCCUUUCAAACACACUACAAAAUUUAAUUGUCUCAAAAACUAUGUUAAAGUCGUAAACACUAAACAUACACCAAGGCCAGUACCUUACACACCUCUGGCUGAUCUACCACGACUAUAGGACCUUCCAGACUACCUUGGAGCGAAUAAAUCCUUCUAUAACACCGUA